AUGGAUUUGUUAAGUGAAGCAAGUAACGGUCAAAGAGUGCUUGUAGCGCGGCACAUAAGCGCUGACCCACCACUCCAAGAAGUAAACAAUGCGAUUAAUACAACCCUAUUGUGCCAUAGCUAUAGCCUUCAACCAGACUUCACCUCAUAUUUAGCAGUACUGAAAAGCAACGCAUGGAUAAUUUGGUCAUGUGGGCUCGUGGUUUUGCUGACACUAUGCCUUCUCUACAUAAUCACAUUGCGGUCAGCUCUACGAUAUUGGAAGGAGUCUGGCAUCAGCGUAGCGAUAGUUUUAGCUGUUUAUCCCGUGGUAGCAGCUACAGCUUUACUCACCGUUGUGCUACCCAGAGUUCGAAUCUUGUCUGAAGCAAUUGCCCAAGAGGCUGUAAUGGUGGCCAUGUACCAUUUGUACUUCGUAAUAUUAGCUGAAUGCGGUGGGACUAAUCAACUUAUAAGACGAUCCGAAGGGUCUCAGAUGGAGACUCGAGUGUUGCCUUGUUGUUGUUGGCCAUGUUGCAUCCUGCCAAGGCCUCAAAUUCAAAAGAAAAGUUUAACUUGGUUACGAUAUCUGGUGCUACAGAUGCCUAUAAUCCAAGCUAUUCUGUAUCUGAUUGUUCUUAUACUUUGGGCAGAAGAUAUGAUGUUGUAUGUCAAUAGUUUUAUUUAUAUCCAACCGUUUAUUGUUGUAUCCAUUUUAUCCGGUGUAUGGGGCAUAAUAAUGUGUGUUCAGGCCGCUGAAACCGCUGGAGCAACUCCGAGGCCGAGAUUCUUGGCUCUACAAUUAGUGCUAUUGAUAGUCAAACUUCAAUAUGGUAUUGCCAAGAUUCUACCAGAGUUGAUUACUGUACCGUGCAUUUUAGCUUUACAUCCUACAGUAUUUGUCAAUAUGAUACAAAACAUAAUAAUGAUGUUAGAGAUGCUAUUGCUUUCAAUAGUUGCGUGGCGUCUUUAUAGCAGGCCGCCGGGGAAGAUGAUGGACAGAGUGCAGCAUGUAGUGGUUGCUGUUUUAGACGACAGUCUUAGUUCCAUUGACAAACAUACUAAAUACAAUGUUAAGUGCGAAGAU